CAGUUCGUUUCAAUUUUUAAAAUGAAGUCCAGAUUCACAACUAUUGAUAUAUUUGCUGUCAUAAAUGAUGUAAAAAGAUUCCUUGGCAUGAGAGUGAACAACAUUUACGAUAUUGACAACAAAACAUAUCUCAUUAGGCUAGCAAAACCAGAUCAUAAAGUUGUGCUACUGAUUGAGUCUGGACUGAGAUUUCACAGUACAGAAUUUGAAUGGCCUAAAACACUCCCUUCAGGCUUUUCAAUGAAGAUGCGUAAACAUAUAUCAGGAAAAAGAUUGGUAAACAUUACAAUACUUGGUGUAGAUCGUAUUUUGGAUUUUCAGUUUGGUUCCAAUGAAGCUGCUUAUCAUUUGAUUGUAGAACUGUAUGAUAGGGGCAACAUUAUUUUAACUGAUUUUGAAUACACAAUUCUAAAUCUGCUACGCACAAGAACAGACAGUGAUGAUGUCAGAUUUGCAGUUCGUGAAAGAUAUCCCUUAGAAAAUGCUAGACAAUAUGAACCAUUGCUGUCUAUCGAGAGAGUAAAAGAAUUACUUUCCCAAGCUAAAGAAGGCGAUGUUUUAAGGAAAAUUUUAAAUCCUCAUUUAGUUUUUGGUCCAGCUCUACUGGAUCAUUGUCUAAAACAAUCUGGCUUUGUGUCUAAUGCUCAGAUUGGAAAGAACGUCAAUGUUGAUGAAGAUUUGCCUAAAAUAAUGGCAGCACUUUCUGAUGCUGAGUGUUACUUUAAGAGAGCUCAAAGCACAUUUUGUAAGGGUUAUAUCAUUCAAAGGCGUGAGAAAAAGCCUUCUGGUAGUAUCAACCAUGAAGAUAAAGAUAUGGAUCUUCUCACGUACCAAGAAUUUCAUCCAUUUCUAUUUGAACAACACAAAGACUUACCUUAUAUUGAAUUGGAGUCUUUUGAUAAGGCCGUGGACGAAUUCUUUAGUAAAAUUGAAAGCCAAAAACUGGACACUAAAGCAUUACAGCAAGAAAAAGCUGUUUUGAAGAAACUUGAUAAUGUGAAGAAAGAUCAUGAAAAACGUUUAAACAGUCUGCAAAAAUCUCAGGAAGAAGACAAAGAAAAAGCAAGAUUAAUUGAAAUCAAUUUACCAUUGGUUGACCAAGCAAUCAAAGUGGUAAAUAGUGCUAUAGCCAAUCAGAUUGACUGGAAAGAGAUUGACAAUGUUGUUAAGGAAGCUCAGGCCCGUGGUGAUCGCGUUGCCAUGGCAAUCAAACAGCUGAAACUAGAGAUAAACCACAUCUGUAUGAUUCUCAAGGAAGAAUUUGACGAAACUUCGAGCAGCGAUGAAGAAAACUUUCAAGACUUAGAAAGCAAUAAAACCUUAACAACUAUGAAAGUCGACAUUGAUCUUGCUCUUACUGCUUACGCUAACGCUAGAAGGUAUUACACAAAGAAACGUCAGGCGGCUACGAAGGAACAGAAGACAGUUGAAGCUUCAAAAAAAGCUUUAAAAUCAGCAGAAAGGAAAACAAAGGAAACGCUGAAAGAGGUCGCCACAACAACCAGUAUACGAAAAGCAAGAAAAGUCUAUUGGUUUGAAAAGUUCUUCUGGUUUAUAAGUUCAGAAAAUUAUCUCGUUAUCGGUGGACGUGAUCAACAGCAAAAUGAAUUGAUUGUCAAAAGACAUUUAAAACCCGGGGAUAUCUAUGUACAUGCGGAUCUUCAUGGUGCAUCAAGUAUUGUAAUAAAGAACUGUGGUACCUCAGAAGACAUUCCUCCAAAGACUUUAAACGAGGCAGGUUGUAUGGCAAUAUGUUAUAGUAAUGCCUGGAAUGAUCGUAUUAUCACUAGUGCAUGGUGGGUCUAUCAUCAUCAAGUAUCUAAAACUGCUCCCACUGGAGAGUAUUUGACAACAGGAAGUUUUAUGAUUCGUGGAAAGAAGAAUUAUCUUCCACCUAGUUAUCUCAUCAUGGGUUUCGCAUUUUUAUUUCGUCUUGACGAAACGUGUUUAGCGAAACAUAAGGAUGAACGAAAAAUAAAAAAUGUCGACGAUGAUUUACUGUUGCAGGAUUUAAACAUCGAAAGUGAAGAGAUUGAUAUUGAAGUUAGAGAUAGUGAAGAGGAGAAUACAAUAAAAGUUGAUGAUAAAGAAGAUAAUUUAGGUUUUCAGGGGGGUGAGGUUGAAUCUAAUUUAGAGACUGAUGAUUUACAUGUUGAUGAACGGUCGUUAACGAUCUCAUCUCAAGAGAUGAAUAAUGACCAGAAUGAAUAUGAAGAUAAAUUAAUCAUUGAACAGAGUAUUAAAGACCAACAGAUAAAUGAUGAAAACGGUGAUAGCAAUGUUGAUGACCUAUCGUAUCCUGAUACAUCCAUCAACCUUCAGUACACAAGCGGUGGAAAAUUUCAGCUUCGAGGUACGAGUGUUCCUAGUUCUCAUGCCCCUGAAGACUUUGUUGAUCUUGGUGACGGGGAAAUUCUCGAUCUCAGGGCCCUAGGCAAAGACGUUGAGAAUCGAAAGCAACGUCUUAGUGCAAAACAGCGCCGAGAGUUGAAAAAAAAGAAUCCUGCUUCCAACUUUGACGACUCGUCAUAUGUUGAGAGCAGUGACCUUCAACCGGUCGGUGAAACCAACAAAACUUGUCAACCAGUCCCCCAGACAAGUGCAAUAAAACGCGGGAAAAAGUCCAAGUUAAAAAAGAUCAAAGAGAAAUAUGGGGAUCAGGAUGAGACGGACAGAGAACUGAUGAUGCAAUUCUUGGGCUCUGCUGGUGUUCCUAAAGAAAGUAAGCGCAGUAAAGGCAAAGGACGUAAGGGUACAGCAAAGAACUCACAAAUUGAGCGUAGAACUACAAAAGAUAAUGAAGCUAAAAGUACAUCAGUAGCCAAAAAAAGCCAAGGUGAACUGAACAAUAUUGAGGGUGAAACUGUUCAGAAUCUUCCACAUUCCAGUAUACUUUUGGGAAUUUCGCUGAAGAAUCAUCACAGAAGGAGCAACUUGAUGACCCUAAGGUCGUGGAGACAGAUGAUGUGGAAGAUAAGAUUAAAGGAUGAGAUGGGUUUAUUGAAUUCUCUUACUGGUUGUCCUUAUUCUGACGAUAUCACAAUGUUUGCUAUUCCUGUUUGUGCACCUUAUACCGCUGUACAAAACUACAAAUUUAAAGUAAAGUUAACUCCAGGAACAAGUCGCAGAGGAAAAGCUGCUAGAACCGCUUUACAUUCCUUUAUUCAGUCACGAGAAACCACGAUACGUGAGAAGGACUUAUUGAAAAGCGUCAAGGACGCCGAUUUAUCACGAUAUAUUCCUGGCAAAGUAAAGUUGUCUGCGCCCAAUUUGUACAAAAGCAAGAAGUGAGAUGGAGAGAGAAUAUUUCACGACACCAUUAUCGGACACACCUGACAACACAUGGUAUGUUUUCUACUUCAUAAAUUCCAGCGUAUCAAUGUUUCUCCGCAAUGGACUCUUACACAAUGAAGUUUUCCAUGUUGCUUCAAAUACUAUCAAAGUACCGCAAAUGUUGCCAAUGGUUACCGUUCAAGAUGUUUUAAUACAUGUUGUCAAAAUCAUCUACUGUUCAUCGUAAUUGUGUUAUAACUACACAAAAGAUAACAGAGACUUUCCUCCGUGCCUCAAAAUCAUCUACUGUUCAUAAGAAUUGUGUUAUAACUGCACAAAAGAUAACAGAGACUUUCCUCUGUGCCUCAAAAUCAUCUACUGUUCAUCGUAAUUGUGUUAUAACUACACAAAAGAUAGCAGAGACUUUCCUCCGUGCCUCAAAAUCAUCUACUGUUCAUCAUAAUUGUGUUAUAACUGCACAAAACAUUGCAGAGAUUUUUAACAGUGCGUCAGAAUCAUCUACUGUUCAUCAUAAUUGUGUUAUAACUGCACAAAAGAUAGCAGAGACUUUCCUCAGUACCUCAAAAUCAUCUACUGUUCAUAAUUGCGUAUUAACUACACAAAAGAUUGCAGAGAUUUUUAACCGUGCCUCAGAAUCAUCUACUGUUCGUAUUUAUGUAGCUGAUAAUUACACAAAAGAUAGCAGAGUCGUUUCACCAUGCGUCUUCGCCCUCUUCACACGACAGUUGAUCGCAAAGUGACGACACCAUUAUCGAUUUUUUUCGAAUCGUUUGAUAGUGAGCGAGUUGUCUUUUGAAUCAAAGGCGUUUUGAUUUGCUUCUUGAGAAACCAGACCCAAAGACGAAGGAGAACCAAUACAACGCUGACGCUUAUGAUAAAACUCGUCAAAAAUACAUACACUGCUAAAAGCAUUGUAGUUGUUUUCUAUUUUGUCUUCUCAGGCAAUUUUGUUGCGUAAUUUCUUUGUUUUAUGAAGUUUUAUAUUGAUGUUCAAUCGAUAUCUGUCUUUUGAAAUAAUGAACGAGUACUACUGACUACAGGCUUUUAGUAUUUUGUCCUAAUUGAAAAUUCAUAAAAUUCAAUUUGGUCAUGAUUAAAAGAUAACAAGGUUUUGCUUCACAA